GAAAAAUGGCGAUCAUAUUUCGAAAUUAAGGACUGGUUUAUGUUGUUUUUUAAUCCAAUUUCAUUAAGAAACUCCGAAAUGUUGGUGCGUAUUAGUAAGAAAGGAGAUCAUUCAAUCAUCGCUGAUGACCAUUGCAGAUUAGGUACUCCACCCACCGAGACUCCACCGCCAAGGCCUCCGCCUACACCUCCUCCAUUAUCUCCGACAGACAGCAUCGAUGAUUUGGCACAAACACCCAAGAAUCUGCGUAUUUCGUUAUUUGAACUGAAGGACUUUGUUCAAAACCAAGAAUUACUACAAGAAACCGAGGCGCCGUGCGUUACACCAGAAACACCAUCGACACCGCCACCGAUCAUGAAUUUCGACAUCUUCAAAGAUAACGUAGAAACCUCCCUUGAAAGGGACGUGAAAGUUACAAGAAAAUCAAUCAAUCCUUUGGAGUUGUACCUGAAGAGCAACCCGAACUUAUUAUCAGAUAAGAAUUCAAAACGGAAAGAAAAACGAUUCCGUUUCACCAAAUUGGGUGCUGUAACCGCUGUGCCAGUACUUCCAGCGAUAAACGCAAAAAACCCUCUACCUCAGCCGCCAACGAUGAGGAGAAGUCCGCCACCGAGAAUGCAAAGAGCUGGGAGCGACCCAGGCUAUCGUCUUCCAAAAAUGUCCCCAAAAUACACCGACGGCUGUUCCUCAGGAGGGUCGUCUGCCAGAAGAGUCAGCAGUGUGGAUAUGGUUCAUUUAAGUGGAGAUCAUGAAAAUUACGACUUUGACGAGGAAGGUUUUUUGUUGACGAGUUCUGCUCCUGUUUCCAACUAUAAACGUCUUUGGUGAACUGUAGGCCUACCCCAACUUCGACAAAUGCAAGUAGGCAGACCAAAAGAGAUAACGUUUUAACCAAUUUAAGUUAGGGAACUUUUUAUUUUUGGGACGGAUAUUUAAUUAUUGAUUGGAAGUUCAAGGAGGGUUCAUUGCGGAACAGAAAUUACACAAAGGUUAUCAGAUCUCAUUUAACUACCGACAGACUACUUUUCAAGGGUAUUUUUAAAUGCUGCAGCAAUUGGGAUG